UCACUAUAGGCAGACCUGUCCCAGCGCAGGGGCCUCUGUGGUCCCACCAGUGGUAGGGGGCUGGUCAAGGCGUCCUCACUCUUCUUCUCUCCUCUCACUUUCAGGUGUUUUGGGGGGAAUUAUAACGGCACCGUUCCACUCUACCGGGGAGUGGGGUACUGUCUUGUUAAGAGUGGCACGGAUUUCACAUUCUCAACCCCGGGAUUUAAGUGAGAAGCAGCUCGGAAGAUCAGAUGAUACUUUAAUGAGAGUGGGAUGAGGCAAACGUUGCUCCACUUUGGAUACUUCUGCUACAACCUCUCCCCUAGGACUUGAUCAUUGAUGAAUGUUUUGGGAUUACACUAUACCCCUCGAUCACUUCCAAUCGAUGGACCACUGUAUUGUAAAUAAUCGUGCAAGUGCUACAAUAUUCUGUUGAUCUUCAUUCUUCAUUUUCAAAAGAAGAGGACAAGAGCACGCAACAAUUGUGAUAAUUCUGCCUGGCUUUCUUUUUUUCUUUAUUUGACUGUCAGCAUUUCAGACAUUGAUGGAUGUGAUUGAGACAUUACAGUUUGAAGAACAUCCAAGCAGUCAGCAGACCAUGCCAUCCAGUGGUCAUGCCAGGUCCACCCUACUCCCUGCUGAUAGUGAGGGCAACAAAUCUACCGGCUUACCAAAUGGAAUACGGAAAGGUCAGAAAUGCCCACAGGGGUAUGUACAAAUCUCCUUACCAGAUGCCCGCAGUAAAUUUCCGAUGGAGUGGUGGAAGACUGGUGUCGCCUUUGUUUAUGCACUCUUCAACCUGAUUAUGACGAGUGUAAUGAUCACUGUGGUACAUGAAAGAGUCCCACCCAAAGAGAAGAAUCCUCCAUUACCUGAUACAUUCUUUGACUAUGUGGACCGUGUUGAGUGGGCUUUCAAGAUCUCUGAAGUCAAUGGUUUGAUCCUUGUUGGCCUCUGGACGAUCCAGUGGUUGCUUCUUCGAUACCGGUCGAUUGUGGGGCGUAGGUUUUUCUUCAUAAUGGGAACUCUGUACCUGUACAGGUGUAUCACCAUGUACAUCACCACUUUACCUGUGCCCGGCAUGCACUUUCAGUGUGCACCAAAGCUAUAUGGGGACUCCCAGGCCAAGCUGCAAAGGAUCUUGAAGCUGAUCUCUGGCGGAGGUCUUUCGAUUACCGGCUCGCACAUCAUGUGUGGAGACUUUCUGUACAGCGGUCACACUGUCAUGCUGACGAUCACCUACUUGUUUAUCAAAGAAUAUUCACCGCGUCAGUUUUGGUGGUAUCCUUGGGUCUGCUGGCUCCUCAGUGCAGGUGGCAUUGUGUGUAUCCUCAUAGCCCAUGAACAUUACAGUGUGGAUGUUUUAGUGGCCUAUUACAUUACAACAAGGCUUUUCUGGUGGUACCAUACGAUGGCCAACAUUCCGACAUUGAAAACCCCCUCACAGACCAAUCAAUUCUCCCAGGCCUGGUGGUUCCAGGUGUUCCUUUUCUUUGAGAAGAAUGUUCAUACUUCAGUUCCCUGCUCCUACGUGUGGCCACUUUCUUGGCUUCCGAACUGUCUGAAGUCAUCGUGUUGGAGAUAUUCUCGGACUCAAAAGUUGUGAGAAGAUGGCACAAGCCCCAAUGAUCCUCAGUCUUUUUUCCUGUGCAGCAUCCUAUCAGAAGGAACAUAUAUAUCUUUAAGGCUUACAUUCACUUCCAUCUAAUAAACUGAGCACUUUUCUAAAUGCCAACUUGAAUGUAAGCCUAAAGAAUCUAGGACAGUGGGGAACUAAUGAUUUGCAGGCCCAAGUAAUUGUUUUUAUUGACUACAACCUACAUUUUAAAUGCAAGUCUGGCGAUAGUGCAAUUACUUGACAUUCCUGAAGUGUCAGUUAAAUCAUGAGUGAAGAUUUCCGAUUUAAGUCUCACUUGUGAUCUAGAUAAUAAGGAUGUACAAUCAGAUUCUUUGGAAGAGUAGUUCUACCAUGUUUGAACAUUUCAAUUGAAGGAAGUAUUGAAAGACCAGAGGACUAACAAUCUGGCUGAGUAUAUUCUAAUAAGUCUAUGCAAUGUAUUAUUUUUGCACAUUCUUUCAGAUAUAACUACAACUGUGAAUUUGGAAUUUCUAAAACGAGUGUCCUUAAGUCUUUUCUCUGCAGAAACCGGGAUUCUGCAAUGGGAACGUGUAGCACAAGCCAAAAGAAACUGACCGAAAAGGUGUUCAUGGGCUCUCAUUCUGGGCACACCAUUCUAUAUUUGUUUCAUUCUGAAAGUCAUUGUGUAGAAUUGAGUACCUUUUUUGUUAUGUGGAAAUUUAAAAACUCCCAAAUCCCUUCUGCACAAUCCGCCUUCCCCAAACCCCUGAAGGUUGUGUGCAAGUGCACAGAAGAUGUGAUGCUGAGGUCUCCUGUUCAGACUGUCAUUAUGCUCCAUGGUCUCAGCAGUUGAGACUCCAAACUUGGUAACAAUGCUACUGAACUAGGAAGAAGUCAGCAUUCCUGAUGGUGAUGCAGAGACUCCUGGUAUAUAACGCUGUGCUGGUGAACACUGGGUAAAACCAACACCAGGAUAGAUUGCAAAGCCCUUCGAGGUCUUUUGGUUUCCCACCACUCGCUGGCUGCACAUGCACGUGAAAAGUAGGCAUGUAAUUAGAAAGUUAUCACUGGAAUGAAUUUCCAAACUAGCGCUCAGCAAUAAAACCGGAGAUUGUGGGAGGAAAGCAGAUGAAAGGGAGAGAGGAUUCCAUGUGCAAUAUGGGAUAGUUUAAAGUUCACUUAUUCAGUUUUUUUUUUUGCAAUGAUUUAAAGCUGUAUUCUUGUGGAUCAAUGUUUUGAUGGCAAUAUGCAACCUCAGAGGUAAAUCCUGACAGCAGUUGCAUUGAGUGCAGUUGUGGAAUUUAUCUAAUGUCUGUAAAGACCCCAGUCAACUUAGACUUUACAUGUUUAUUUCUCAUUGUUGUUUUCCUGUCACCAGUCAUAAAAGUUUUUAGUUUUAUUUGCUAAAAUGUAAAUUGCUGGAGUCUUUUUACCCAAAACACUAGCCAGUGUGAAGUGUACUGAUGUAUACUUGUAUAUUGCAUCUCCAAUAACAGAACAGAUGAUGCGUUCUAAAGAUCAAUAUUAUGCAUGCACUGCAUCAGUGUAGCACCUUUAUUUUGAAGCAGCUUGCUACUUGAAAAGUUAUGGUGUAGUCAUUCGUGAAGGAACAAUUUAUAUAUCCUAGGCCUUACCAUAUAAAAUCUUAGUCAUGAUUGCAUAGAAAAUCUAUAUAUAGCAUAGAACAAUAAGUUUCCUGUUGACUUCAGGAAAAGGAAUGGGACCACAUUUUUGAACGAGGAGUUGUUGAAUGGGUUUGGUGCCUGGUACUGGAGUAGGAGUAACUGUGGCUUCCAGGGAAUGCAUUUGGGUCUCUGCCCAGACUCUGUUACUGUGUACAGCCUGUCUGCCUGCCUCUCUGCAUAAAGAUUAGGACAGUAUUUAAAACUCUGCACAUAAAAGUGGAGCUAGUAUUGCACAUAUGCAUAAACAAUGUUACAGCAUAGAAGUGAAUGAGCCCUUUCCAUGUCUAUCUCUUGCUCUCUCUGUUGGAAGCUGCACACAUACACCACUGCCCUGUUACAAGGAUCUGGCCUAGUUGUUCAAGCAACAGUUGAUAGUAACCUUUCCAAUUCUGCCUGUUACAGUUCUUCUGGUGACUUCCUGUAUGGAAAUUUCACACUUUGGGACUUCUCUGAACUUAGCAUCUGUGGAGCUAUGUUUCAUUCAUUUGUCUUGAGUUGCUCAGUGUUUGAAGAGGGGGAUAAUUGUACGCUCAUAUUUGGUAAUUCUCAGUCAACCUUUUUGAGUUGAACCUCCGGACAGCAGUAGUUUAAAAAUUGGCAUUUAUAUAGGAUAUCCCUUUGUGUGCAAUUUAGCUGUAACAAUAUCAGAAAAGUGUCCAUUGGCUACUCAUCGUACUCCUGCAACGUAUAAGAAACGCUCUAUAAAUGCUCAACUAACCAGCACCCUUGCCUCUCCUGUGUCCCCCUUCCCACACAGUGCAGGUUUAAAAGUCAGAGACACAGCAGUACGAGCCCACUCCCUAUUAGAACAUUUAAGAUGAAGCAAUUGUGUCAAAUAUAUUUUCGAUUUCAAGGAGUGUGGGUAAUUUUAACUUAAUUUUAAGACUUGAUUUGAGUCCCUUGAAAGUUGUACCUUGCCAUCAUCCCUACCUACAAACAGAAAAUGUUUCCAAAUCAAAAAUGAUAAAACUUGAAGAAAAUUAAGAGUUUGCUAGAGGAUACAAUCAUUUGUAUUUUUAUUAUUCAAUUUUAAUUAUUCAUAUUUUAAUUCCUUUUUAAUAAUCUCUUGCCUUGUAUGUCUCUAAUUUUGUGUAUGUUAUACACUUCGGUUUCUAUAAUCAUGGUUUGUCAUUCAAAAUGUAAUUGUGUACAAUUAAAAUAAAAUAUUUGAUUGUUUUAAAAACA